GUGAGUGAGAGAAGGCAACCAGAGCUCAUCAAGGUUUAACAAAGAAAGAUCUCUCUCUCUCCUCCUUGCAACUUUUUCUUCCAAACAUGGUCUCUCGUUAAAUCUCUCUUGGAAGUUUACCUUUCUUUAAUUUCUUAUAUUUAAAGAGAGGAUUUGCAGCCUUUUUUGCGUGCGUGUUUCGUACAUAAGGGGUGAGAGAGGGAGAGAGGGGGGAGCGAGAUGGCACAGGUGAGGUCAGUGGUAGCAUUGUUGUGGUGCCUCUCGACAGCGGCCCUUGUCUGGGCCGAGGAUCCCUACUUCUACUUCACCUGGAACGUGACCUACGGAACCAUUUCCCCAUUGGGUGUACCACAGCAGGUCAUUAUGAUCAACGACCAGUUCCCUGGACCCAACAUCAACUCAACGUCCAACAACAACCUCGUCGUCAAUGUCUUCAAUAACCUGGACGAGCCACUCCUCUUCACAUGGCAUGGCAUCCAGCAGAGGAAGAACUCUUGGCAAGAAGGAAUGCCCGGGACCAAUUGCCCCAUCCCACCGGGCACCAACUUCACUUACCGCUUCCAAGUGAAGGACCAGAUCGGCAGCUACUUCUACUACCCGACCAUGGCCUUGCAUAGGGCUGCCGGAGGCUUCGGAGGUCUCCGGGUCAACAGUCGUCUGCUCAUCCCCGUCCCUUACCUAGACCCUGAGGAUGACUACACUGUCUUGAUCGGGGACUGGUACACCAAGAGUCACACUGCCCUUAGGAAGGUGCUAGACAGCGGACGUUCCAUCGGCAAGCCCAAUGGUGUCCUCAUCAAUGGCAAGAACAAGGCUGAUAACGAGGCCCCCCUCUUCACCAUGAAACCCGACAAGGUAUACAAGUACAGAAUUUGCAACGUGGGGAUGAAGACCUCCCUCAACUUCAGGAUCCAAGGCCAUAACAUGAAGUUGGUGGAGUUGGAGGGAUCCCACACAGUUCAGAAUGUGUAUGAGUCUCUAGACGUGCACGUGGGGCAGUGUUACGCGGUCUUAGUAAAAGCCGACAAGGAGCCCAAGGACUACCUAAUGGUGGCCUCCACCCGCUUCACCCAGUACACGCUCACAGGAACCGGCCUCAUGCGCUACACCAAUAGCAAGGGACCAGCUUCCACCGAGCUGCCCAAGGCACCCGUUGGGUGGGCUUGGUCCCUCAACCAGUUCCGCACCUUCCGUUGGAAUCUCACUGCCAGUGCUGCCCGCCCCAACCCACAGGGUUCCUACCACUAUGGUCGCAUCAACAUCACCCGCACCAUCAAGCUCGCUAACACCGUAACCAACGUGGACGGCAAGCUGCGCUACGCCAUCAACGGCAUCUCCCACGUUGAUCCACCCACCCCACCCAAGCUCCUUGAGUACUAUGGUGUCACCGAAAAGGUGUUCGAGUACAACCUGGUUAAGGAUGAGGUGGUGGACUCUGAGCAAGCCAAGGUCACCCUCGCACCCAGCAUCGUCAAUGCCACCUUCCGUAACUACAUUGAAAUCAUCCUUGAGAACCACGAGAAGGGUAUCCAGACAUGGCAUUUGGAUGGCUACUCCUUCUUCGCUGUAGCCAUCGAGACCGGUAAGUGGACCCCAGAGAAGAGGAAGAACUACAACUUACUUGAUGCAGUCAGUCGCAGCACCAUCCAGGUUUAUCCUUACUCUUGGGCCGCCAUCAUGCUCACCUUCGACAAUGCAGGCCUCUGGAACCUCAGGUCCACCAUGGGGGAGAGGUUCUACCUUGGACAACAACUCUACAUCAGCGUCCUAUCACCUGCCCGCUCCCUUAGGGACGAAUACAACCUCCCAGACGACGCCUUGCUCUGUGGCAUUGUCAAGGACAUGCCCAAGCCUCCUCCUUAUUCUUCCGGCGCCUAAUUUUUUUUUUUUUCCCUUUCGUGUCUCUUCUUAUUCACAUUGAUUGAUUAAAGUUUCCCUACCUACUAGAGCAGAGCGAGUGAGCAAGUAAAAGGAAGGGGAUUCAUGGAGAGUUUCUGAUGAAGAUUACUCAAGUACUUGUUGUACUCUCCGUGUGCUUCUAGUGACUCAAGAGAGUCAAAUUUUUUCUAUUACCUCUACUUUUCUUAAAUAUAUAAAAAUAUUAAUGAGAUGUUAAGUUGGA